AUGUCUCAACUAAUGCAAGAUGUUCGCAAAAACUUAACAGACAAAUCGGGUUGGAUGAGAGAUGAUGUGUGGAAGCAAUUAUCGAUACAUUGGAAUUCUUCCAAGUUCAGGAAAACAUCUCAAAUAAAUAAAAGGAAUCAGUGUUAUAUGGGUGGUGCAUCUCUUCACACUGGAGGAUCUAUUCCUCAGCGUUUGCAUUGGAAAAGAAUAAAAAAGGAAAAGGGUGUAGAUCCAUCAUUGACGGAGUUCUAUUUUCACACACAUCGAAAAAAGGAUCAAAGUUGGGUUGAAGUUCAUGCUGAAUCCGCAUAUGUACCAUACGACUUUCACAGGAGGACCCUUUUUGACCACCUCAUCAUCAAUUGA